CCAAUCCUCUCUUACCUCGCUUCUUCGUGUCUAGAUCUACCUAACCGUGAACUGUUUAUUUGUGUGCACCAUCUUCGUCUCUACUACAUAACACCUCGGGACCUGCCCCUCCUUUCUCCUCCCCUGCUUGUCCACUGUAUCACAAUCUCGCAGCCGCAGCCGCAGCGGCCCGGAGUUGAUCGCGCGCAUAAGCCUUAGGGACUCAAAUGCCUGUUGACAAGUCGAAGCCUUCCUCUUCCAAAUCGCAUCUCAAACGCAAGGACCCCAAUGGUUCAGAAUACGUCUCCCAGAACAUACCAGGCGCGAGUGGGUUGACGCAUGCGAGAGAGCUGGAAGUCAAGCGGAGUCGCGGCGAGGUCAGUUGUGCUGAGUGCAGAAGGCUGAAGAUCAAGUGCGACAAGCAGAUUCCCUGCCAGUCCUGCAUCCGACGUGGCUGCGCGGCGCUGUGUCCGAACGGCGCACUGGCGACGGGCCAAGGCACGCGCUUCGUGCUCGCUGCGACCGAGCACCUGCACAGGAAGAUCUCGCGCAUGAGCGAGCGGAUACGCUUGCUCGAGGACGCUCUGGGAUCCCUGCAUGCGGACACGGGCGGGCCGGAUUCGGUCCAUCCGCUGCUUCUCAAGAGCGAGGACUUCUCCUUGCCGGAUGAACCACCGAUGCGGCGACAGGGCUCUGAGGUCGAUGACGGAGUUGGAGGGGAGGAGGGGAGCACGGGCUCGCAGACCAACGGAGAGGUCAUCGACGCGUUCGGGACACUGAGCAUCUCGGACUUUGGGAUUUCAAGGUUUUUCGGGCCCACUGGUGGAAGUGAAAGUCUGCUGCUAUCGAACACCACUCCGACUUCUGAUUCUUCUGGGUCGCCUUCGUCUUAUUUGUCUCGCAACUCGAAGUCGCGGUCCCCGGCUACAAGCCACACCUCCUCGCCUAUCUCGCCGCCGACAGCUGGGCCGCCGAGCUCCACUUUUUCACCGGGGCACAUCUCACGGCACUCACAUUCCUCAUCAUCAGAUUCUCCAACGCACUUCUGUCCGACGUCUUUCCCCCUUACUCCAUUGGGCCCGUUGCCAGACAUUCAUGCACUAGUAACAUCACAUCUUCCCCGGCGACGAUGCGCGAUGGUUCUUGUCGAUGCUUAUCUUACCCAGCUAGGCUGGCUCUUUCAUCUCGUCUCGGCAGAGCAGGCGCAUGAUACAGUACGAGCUGUCUAUCGUGUUUUCCAGCCCGAUGCCCGAGAAGCCCAGGACGAGAAACGGGACGAGGACGGGAGCGGCGAAGAAGACUACACGGGCCCACACGACAUUGCGCUUCUGUUUUUGUUAUUCGCCGUCGGGACACUGGUCUCUGCCCCAAAUCCGGGCGAAGAGUCAGAUGCCCACCAACAACGCAUCAACGCCGAGUCGUUCCACAUGCACCAGGUGGCCCGUGCUGCUUUGACCAUGCAGUCGAUAUUGGAAAAGCCCAGCAUCGUCACCGUCCAGGCGCUGCAUUUGCUGAGCGUGUAUAUCUCGAUUUCGACGAAUGAGGAGGACGGCGACACGAGUAUGGAGACGACCUGGAGUCUGGUCCGUAUUGCGAGUCACUUGAGCCAGACAAUCGGUCUACAUCGAGAUAGCGCGAGAUGGGGUUUGUCUGCGAAGAUGAACCAGCGAAGAAGGAGAGUAUUUUGGGACAUCUUCACCGCCGAUGCUUGGAUGAGCAUGCACACUGGUCGGCCCCCGACCUUCUCACUAGCAUAUAUCGAUUGCCCGCUGCCGAGCUACGAAGGCGUCAAUACCAGCGACGAAAUCUUCGAAGUUUGGCAGUUUCGCUUCGCUGCGGAUUGUGUGGCGGAAGUUACUGCCCGGACGCUGACUGCUGAAGCCCCCACUUACGCAACCAUCAUGGAGCUGGACAGGAAAGUCAGAGAGUUUCCUCUGCCGUCCAAUCUGAAGGAUCCAUCCCCGGAUGACAUGGGUGCGAGUAUGCAACGUUGCAUCUACGAACACGUCCGGGAGACUGUGUUAAUGUACAUCCAUCGAAGUUUCUUUGCACAAGCGAUCAUCGACCAACCGGAGAAUCCCCUCAAGAGCUUGUACGCGCCGUCGUUCCUGGCCGCCUAUCGCGCCAGCUCGACCAUUCUUAAAUCCGUGAAGGAUCAAUAUGCGGUGAUGCCCACCAUGUGUGCCAGAUUUUGGACGAUGUGGACGUUUGCUUUCAGCGCUGCUGUUGUAUUCGGAACUGUGGUGACUAGGGGACCACGAAGUCCGUUGGCUGGCGCUGCCAUGACAGAACUGGACUCUGCGUGUCUCUUGUUCUCCAAGGCGGCAGUGUAUGGUCGCCGGGCUACUCGUGCAUUGCCUGUCUUGAUGAAGCUCCAAGAAAAGGCCAAGCAAGCUCUCCAUGCCGUGCAGAAUGAGCCUUCAGGGACCGAAACCGGCUUCAGUUGGAGUAUGAGCGGAGUGCUUGGACCGGAUGGCCAGCCUAUGCCGAUAAAAACCGAGGAGCACGACGAGCUGGCCAUCAUCGCCGGCCACACUCGACUGGUUUCUGGCGGCCAGAACCAGCGCAGUAUCUCCCAAGCGUCAUCCUCAUCUUCCUCGUCGGCUUCAUCAGCGAAGGCCUUCCCUUCCAUCUUACCGGUGCAACCGCCGUCAGAGGAGCUGCUGCACACACCAGAACGAUACCGGCACCGACCCCCGCUGUCGUCGUAUCACCAGCCGAUGGACGACGGGCCGUUGAUACAGUCGAUGCACCACCAGCUGUCGUCCCGUGCGCCCCUGAUACAGAACGAGUGGACCUCGCAGGCUCGCUCGCACCAUCACCACGAGCCAUACCGAGAAGAGCGGGCGUAUUAUCCAUCCGACGGGCGGGUGUUGCCGGAGGUCACCUCGAACGCACAGACGCAUUUUGCAUGGUCGUCGCAGUACAGCUCUCGGCAAGCGCAGCAUCCAUAUCAUCCACAGCAGCAGCAACAGCAGCAGCAAUCAUACGCCGCCGAUUAUUCUCAGCAGCACGCACAGCUGGCACAUCUCGGUAUGGCAUCCGGCGACUCCCGGCUGGACGACAGAUGGACUUCAUUCAUGCAGGAUUCGGGACUUAUGGAGGGAAGCGGGGACUACCGCGCACGGUAGCGGGGAUGUAUCUUUAUUCACAGGACUGUGUUCCCCCCUAACUUAUUAUUAGAGCUGGGACUGUAAUUGCCAUUCUGUAUAGUAGGAUAUCUUAUCACCGUCUCGGUUUUAAGAGACACCCGAAUCGAAGAGGAUAUUUCUCUCACCUGAUUAUGUUAUGUCUCGGCAUUCCGCCUUCGCGCUGACAUUCGAGCACUGGUCUGAAGCCUCCGAAA